CGCGCAAUUACGCAACACCCCCGCCUGUCCUGCGAGCUAUAACCGGAUCAGCGUCUCCCCUCAGCCUAUCCGCGCCUGCAGCCAACCUGACACCGGCCAGCUCUCAGCAGACAGACUGCCUCGUGACUUCUGCCAGCUCCAGUCAUCAUGGGAAAGGAGAAACUCCACAUCAACAUCGUGGUGAUUGGCCACGUGGACUCUGGCAAGUCCACCACCACAGGCCACCUUAUCUACAAGUGCGGAGGCAUUGACAAGAGAACCAUCGAGAAGUUUGAAAAGGAAGCUGCUGAGAUGGGGAAAGGAUCAUUCAAGUACGCCUGGGUGCUGGACAAGCUGAAAGCUGAAAGGGAGCGUGGCAUUACCAUCGACAUCUCACUGUGGAAGUUUGAAACUAGCAAAUACUACGUGACUAUCAUCGAUGCCCCGGGUCACAGGGACUUCAUUAAGAACAUGAUCACCGGGACCUCUCAGGCAGACUGUGCUGUGCUGAUUGUGGCAGCUGGCGUGGGAGAGUUCGAAGCAGGUAUUUCCAAGAAUGGACAGACUCGUGAGCACGCCCUCCUGGCCUACACUCUCGGAGUGAAGCAGCUCAUUGUGGGAAUCAAUAAGAUGGACUCUACGGAGCCAAACUACAGCCAGAAACGUUACGAGGAGAUCGUGAAGGAAGUGAGCACCUACAUCAAGAAGAUUGGAUACAAUCCUGACACGGUUGCCUUUGUACCCAUUUCCGGCUGGAACGGAGACAACAUGCUUGAGCCCAGCCCUAAUAUGACAUGGUUUAAGGGAUGGAAAAUAAAUAGGAAGGAAGGUAAUGCGUCAGGAACCACACUACUGGAGGCUCUGGAUGCCAUCCAGCCCCCCACCCGUCCAACAGACAAACCUCUACGUCUUCCCCUGCAGGAUGUCUACAAGAUAGGAGGAAUUGGAACAGUCCCCGUAGGUCGUGUGGAAACGGGAUUACUGAAGCCUGGAAUGGUGGUGACAUUUGCCCCUGUCAAUGUGACUACCGAGGUCAAGUCUGUAGAAAUGCACCAUGAGGCACUGAGCGAAGCCCUACCCGGUGACAACGUUGGCUUUAACGUCAAGAACGUAUCUGUCAAGGAUAUUCGCCGUGGCAAUGUUGCUGGUGACAGCAAAAAUGAUCCACCACAGGAAGCUGCCAACUUUACUGCUCAGGUGAUCAUCCUCAACCACCCAGGCCAGAUCAGCGCAGGUUAUGCUCCCGUGCUGGACUGUCACACUGCUCACAUUGCCUGCAAGUUUGCAGAGCUCAAAGAAAAGAUUGAUCGCCGCUCUGGCAAGAAGCUGGAGGACAACCCUAAAUCCCUAAAAUCUGGAGAUGCUGCAAUUGUAGAUAUGAUCCCUGGCAAACCAAUGUGUGUCGAGAGCUUCUCUGAAUACCCUCCCCUUGGUCGUUUUGCGGUGCGUGACAUGCGUCAGACUGUGGCUGUCGGCGUGAUUAAAGGUGUGGAGAAAAAGGUCUCCACUACUGGUAAAGUCACCAAGUCUGCCCAGAAGGCCCAGAGGACCAAAUGAAUGUUGUGCUACUCUGCCGACCCCAAGGUCUCCCAAGGCAGGACAUCAGUCAUCCAACUUCAUCCUAGAAUUGGCUACUUCAACUUAAUAAUUAAAGACUGGUUAAUCAUCACAAUGCAUCGCAAAAGCAUUCGAAGGAAAGAAAAACACUUAGAUCUUUAGUCCUUGAGGCAGCACUCCUGGUUCCAUUUCAGUGGUUAGAUUACCAUUAAGUACAGUGUAACAUCAACAUGUUUCAAAUGUGUGCACUGUUGAUUCGCAUCAUGGAAACACUAUUCUGUGCUAUUUAGACAUCUAAUAAUUAGAGAUACUGCAACCUAUCACCUCUCUAGUUCAAUGGAGUGUAGGUUCUGAACUCUUUACAUGAUAUUAUAUGUUGUCUUGCUUUUAGUGUUUGUUUGCAACUAUAUGGCGCUCUCUAGGAGCAAGGAGUCAUAACUGUGUCCUUCUGUGUAGUGGAGUAGUAGAGAAUUUGUUCUGUUUAAGCUUUAAAAAGAACUUAAAACAAAAAAAGGUCAAAAAUUGUCCUCCCAGGACUCUAGUCCACAUGUGGACUCUUAAAGCACUUUGAUUGGCAUUUUGCUAAUUUUGCACCUGCACUUGUAGUUUAAAUUGGCAUAAGCUAUAGCACCUUAUUGUAAGAUGGCAUGAGCCUCUUUGUAACAUUAAACAUAUUUCAACCAAAAUG